UGCUGCCGAACUUCUCUUCCACACCGACUCCACUUGUGUUCAGUUUGUGUUUGGACUGAGUAGGAGAGAGGAGCAACGAGAAGACAUGGCUUUCCUACGAGGAGCGUUUCUGCCGCUGUUUCUUCAUAUCUUCCUGCUGAACCGGAGCGUGUGGGGCAAAGUGGAGCUGACUAUGAAUGACAACCUGGAGGUGUACCUCGGUGACCCGGCCGAGAUCCCCUGCCAUUACAGCUUCACUGGUGUGAACGAAGAGCCCAGCUUCGUCAUAAUCCAGUGGUUUGUGAGAUCUGCAGGAAACGGCUCACGGAUGCGGAUCUUCUACAGUGACGUCAACCAGCAGAUAGUCGACAACAACACAGACUACAGCGGCCGCAUCGAAGUGACCUCAGACCAGAGAGGAAACACACUCCUGAUCCAAAACGUCCAGCUCUCUGACGAGAAGGAGUUCUUCUGCCAGGUCAACGGGCAGGAGGCUGGCAAUGCCGAACGCAAGACUCACCUCAGGGUUUUUGCUCCCCCAGAGGCUCCAGAAAUUGAAGGCGUCCCUAAUGGGAUUUCUGUGACCAACACGAUGCCGUCUAAGGUGGCAUCAUGUGAGGUUCGAAAUGGAUUUCCUAAACCCAACAUCACUUGGUACAAGGAUAGCGAGCCACUGGUGCCUAAAGUAGGACAGGUAAACGUGAUCAUCCUGGUGACCCGGGAGUUCAGAGGCUUCUACUCUGUGCAGAGCACCCUGGAGUACAGGACACUGAAGGAGGACAAGGACUCCCAUUUCUCCUGUGAGGUCAGCUUCUCUGUCCCGGGAGCCAUCAGGACGAGGAUGUCCCAAAGCAUCAACGUCACCGUUCACUACCCCACCACCAUGAUGGAGCUGUGGAAGGAUUCGCCGCAGGGCUUGGUCAAAGAGGGGGAUACCGUAGAGCUGCGUUGCCAGGGUGAUGGCAACCCCCCGCCGAUCUACAUUUUCAGCAAGGAACAAGAGCCGGAUGCGCCGUUGGAGAGCAGAGGUGAUGUCCUGAUUCUGCCGUCCGUGACCCGGAAAGACAGCGGCAUCUACCAGUGCCGGGUGCUGGACUCUGCUGGACAAACAGAGGUCAAAGAAGAGGUCACGCUCACGGUGCAUUAUUUGGACCCGGCUGUUGUGGUUCCAAAGGAUUUGGAGUAUAUGGAUAAAGGUGAAAAUCUGGUGGCAUCGUGCAACGCCCUGUCCUCUCUGAAAACCGUAACCAUCUGGUACAAGGAAGGGAAGCAGGUGGGUUACGGCAACACGCUGCACCUGAACGACGCCACCUACGAGACGAGCGGACAGUACGUUUGCGAGGUGACCGUUCCCUCCUUGCCCUCCCUGCACACCAACGGCUCUGUUCACAUCAUCGUUCAAGGCGGGCCUCAGCUGGCCGGCGUGGAGGACGAGAUCCAGCUGGAGGAAGUGGCUGGCCGCACACUGAACCUGAGCUGUGAGGCCCGCGGUCAUCCACUGCCCAGCAUCACCUGGAGCAUUACAGGCAGCCAGAACUGGCAAGAAGUGAUGAGCAAAGCAAACGACCACAUGACUCACAGCAUGGUGUCGGUCAAGAUCAACUCGGACGUUAGCGCCGUUUGUAACGCGUCCAACAACCAGGGCACUGAGGUCAAGGUCUUCAGCAUCAAAGCCAUUCCCAGGGUCACCCGCACCGCUCCCUUCUCUCCCGUUGAAGGCAGCGGGGUGAUCAUAGUGGUGAUCAUACUGUGUUUGCUGCUUCUCGCCUUCCUGGGAAGCGUCGUCUACUUCCUGCAUAAGAAGGGAAAGAUCCCCUGUGGACGUUCAGGAAAGCAGGAGAUCACCAAAGAGAAGCCCACCAAAGACGACAUCGUUGUGGAGAUGAAGAACAACCCAAAGAACGAGGAGGCUGUGCUGCUGAAAGCCGUGAACGGAGAGAAGAAGGGUCCCAAUGACCAGGUAACUGUCGUGUAAAAAUCCUGAAGGUCAUGCGGAGCCGCAGCGGGUCGCAGUAUCCGGACUGAGGCUCUGGAGCGGAGGAGACCCGGGACACUGACCUCCUCUCUGUCUGGACGCUCCCUCCCUCUUCCUCCCUUCAUUUUGUUGUUCUCAGCAGUAUUCAGCAGGUUCUCCCAGGAACACACACACACACACACACACACACACACACACACACACACACACACACACACACACACACACACACACACACACACACACACACACUUCCCAGGUGUGUUUGUACAGAUUUGUACCUUCUGAAUGAGUCUUUGCUUCAGCAUUCAGUUCUCUCAUUAGUUUCCAGCUCUUUGCUGUUGUUUAGUGUUUGUACGGUGGUGAAUCAUCCUUCUUUUUUUUAUGAAAGUGUAAAUAUUAUAUAUAUUUUGUUAUUUAAGAUAUUUUGACUCAGAUUUCCAUUUCACAGCAGCGUCUGGCUCGUGUGCAAGUUUUCUAUGGUUUUUAUUUUAGCGUCCAGGUGAGAUUUGAUGCAGGACUUGAUGGAGACCAAACGUUGUAAAAACUCGUCCUGCAUUCGACCAAAACAGUUUAUUUUCAUUUCUGCCGGUGACUAUUUCACCGGCGGCCAUCUUUACCAAACUGCUGUCUCGUUCUUGUACUGUUUGUAAAUAUGCUUAGUUUAGAGACCUGCUAGACCUCCUGAAGCUCAAGCAGGUCAAAGUUACACAUCUGCUGUGCCUGUUUUUUCUUUUUUCUUUUUUACAUCAAACACUGAAUUUAUUUUAUUACUUUGAAACUGUUUUUCUCUGUGUUGCCACUGAUUGGUCAGAGCCUGAAGGUCCCCACGUGUUUCUGCAUGUUUCAUACCGCGACAGUUUGGACUGACGACGUUUUUACACAGAGAGAUCAGUGUGAUGGAGCACAGGAAGGUUCAUGGUUUUCUUUAUCUGAAGUGUUUGGAAACGAAAAUUGUUUUUUUAUUUUUAUAAAAUCCAUCUCAAAUAGUUAUAUGUUUCAGCUUAAAUGAUUCUAUCAUAAUUCAUUUAAUUGGCUUAAUUUAAAUUUAGAAAAAUUCAUCUAAUUUUGACAAAUUUAAAUGCAGUCCAAAUUUAUAACAUUAAAGUGAAAAAUCUGACCCUACCACAUGAUUGGGUUUUUUUUUGUUUGUUUGUUUAUUUUUAUUUUUUUAAAUAUUAUUUACAGAUUUAAGAUUUGGAUUUCUAAUUUUUUUAUUUGAUAUAUUUCAUAAAACAAGCAAGGAAAGAUUUAAGAUAAAACAGGUAAAAAAAAAAAAAAACAACCUUCUUGUGUUUGUUAUUCAGUGACCAUUUGGUUUCUUUUUUUAAUUUUCAUUUCUUAGCUCACAGCUUCAUGUUUCAGGAAAGCGGUCGUGCCGCUCUGCGAGUCGGAUGUAAUUAUAGUGGAUGGAGCCACAAACUGGGGUUUAAUCUAAAACAGGCAAAGAAAACAUGCAAGAAAUACUGCUGGGGUCCUUCUAGAGGCUGGCGUUGUGAAUAUUUCUCACUGUGUAUUUUAUUGUGAAAGGGUUCUUUUGUUACCAAGAGUGCUACACUGCCCUGAUGACUUGCAACAUUUAAAUUCGUAGGGAAGUAUUUUCAGUUUUUAAUUUCUCAUGUCCCGCUGAGCGACGAGAAGCGAUGCCGUCGGUGUUGAACAGAUUUCUGGUUGAAUCUGUGAAUCUUUAUUUGUUCAGUGGUGAGAAAACAGAGUUGGAAACUGAUUAUCUUUUCUACAUGUGCGUAAAUUAAGUGCUCAACAUGUGAUUCUUUUGAUGCUUGUUUUUUUUUUUUUUUUUUUUUU